AAAAAACAAAACGAUCAUAUCAUUUACGAACAUUAGCACUUAGAAGAUGUCUGAAGUAAGUAAGUAAGGAGCACGAAGCAGUAAUUCCCGUUCCUGUCCUGUCCAAAGAAAUUCCAAGUUCUGGCAAGAAAAUAGAUACAAGAUUAAAAGCUGUACAUAGAUGAAAAGUAUCUACAAUCCUCUCCAUGUCAUUUUACCUAGAACCACCUAGUGGAACUAUAUCGCUGCAAAAUUUGGAGAGGUUUGCUGAAAAGAGACUCAACUUCCUAAUGAAAAUUUACGAGGCAAAGAAUGACAGGGUGAGACUGUUUGAUGUGGUCCAUCAUGCUGGGAAUGUUGUUGAUUCCGAAUGUUUGAUUGAUGGCACAAAGAAGGAUGCAAUAUCUCAUUUCAUUUUGAGGCUGGCUUUAUGUAAAGACAUUGACACCACUGACUUUCUCGUUACUGCAGAAACAUCAUUAUUUGAAUUUAGAUUUUUAUGUAUGAAUGAAGAUGAAUUGAGAGAGCUCUUCAGAAGAACCGAAAACAUGAUUAGUGGUGUUACCUUGGAAACAAAUUCUAAAACUUCAAAACUGUUGAAUAUUUUUCAAUUGAUUUACAGACAGGUUAAAAGUUGGAGAAAAGUUGUGAGAUUAUAUCUAAAGGGAGAUGACAGUCAUUGUUUUUAUGUUCCAUUUUCAAAUGUUCUUAAUUUAGUUGCUAAGAGACAUGUUGUAUUGACCAAUGGAAUUGCUGCAGUACCUUUCCCAAAGCUUCGAGAAGUUGUGACAGAUAUUUUUAGAGAAGUUUUAAAAGAAGGCCUUAAGAUUGCACAGGAAAAGAGGUUAUUAGACCAAGUGGAUUUUCGAUUGAGAAAAUUAAUGGCUAAGUUAGUGAAUAAACUACGAGAACAAUAUAGACCAUUUUCUGAAAAAAGUCAUCUUCACACCAGUUUGUCACAUGACACAGUUCCUAGGGAAACAAAACUGUUCCCUCCGUGCAUGUACAACUUACAAAGAGUAUUGCAAAACAGACAUAGGUUAAAGCAUCACUCCAGGAUUCAGCUCACAUUGUUUUUAAAAGAGAUUGGAAUGCCAAUUCAUGAAGCUCUUAUGUACUGGAGGAGGGAAUACUCCAUUGUUGUUGACAACCAAGAUGGCUGCUAUCACAAUUGGAAAGAUAAUGAGAAAUGUUAUGUUUAUAAUAUCAGGCAUUUGUAUGGAUUAGAGGGAUCUCACAUAAACUACAGAGCUCACUGCUGUAACUCACUUCAGAACUUCACACCAUUUACAGGAGAAGUUGGUGGUUGUCCUUUAAAACAUUUCGACAGGGAACAUUUGAACUGGUUACUAAGUGAUAUGGGGAUACCAGACAUAGACAUACAGAUGGUUGAAACACUGGUCAAAUUCCAGAAAUAUAGUCAAGCAUGUGGUACAGUUCUACACAGUAAGAUGACCUGUGUGAAGAGGGUGGUUGAUUCUCAAAACAAAGAGAUUUUAAUAGACAGUUCUAUAGAUGGACAGGACUCUUCAUUUUGUCAGUCAAAUUUGUGUAAUGGGUGCAGGCAUGGCUGUGGUCAAAAACAGCAUGUUUUGUCUGAACAAACUGCUUGCUCAAGUAUGGCUGAGUUACACAAGGAACAUAAAUGCGGAAAUUCAAAUGAAGAUAGAACUUCAAUUAGUGAUGUAACUAAAUCAAAAGAAAAUCAGAAUUCAUUGAUGUGUUCUGGGAAUGACAGACGAACAAGCUGUAAUAAUGCAAAAUUUGAUUCAGUAUUGAAAAAUGAAAUUACAUUGAAUUUACAUCAAAGCAGGAAUAUUACAUCUAAUGAAUAUGACGUUAAGAACUGUUCAUGUAACGUUAUAUCUUCCUACGAAGAAGGAAAAAGGUUUAUAUUGUCAGAUUGUGAUGAUGGCAUAGAUUUAAAGACUGAAAGUCCUGUUAUUCUUCACAAACCUUCAGAUUUUUAUUUCCGUUUAAGAAAAUUCCCUGUUGAUUGUUAAAUUAUUAUUAAAGAAGGAAUAUUUA